ACAUAUACGAUUGUUAACAGAUUUAUAAAAGUAUGUUACCGAAAAAUUUAAAAAUACCUGGCGAUGUGAUCCCUUCGAGGAAAGACAGCCAAGGUUAUAUCGAUGAUUUAAAAAAGAAACAGAGAUUUGAAUUAGAAGAGCUUUUAGAAAGGCAGAAAAGAAUGCUUGCUAACAUAAAAUUUAUCUCAAAGCUUCCCGACAAAGGAGAGAAAAUUAUCGGCCUCUACAACAAGAUACUGAAGGAACUUGAACAUAGAAAUGAAGUGGAAGAAGCGGCUAAUGUGCUGUCGCGGCUUAACAUAGCAUCCGAAGGCAAAGUGGCAAUGAACAAAUUGGAAUGGACAGGAAAAUACAAUGACAAGGAUGAUGAAAAUACAACCAAAAUCAUUGACUUAGAUAGUGAUGAUGAGCAGGAUCCAUUAAAAAUACUAGCUCAGCCUACAGGAUCUGGUGUUCACAAAAAGAAAAUUAUACAUGUAGUACCUGAAGAAAGCCUCGUCAAACCUAAAGACAUAGCAGAAAUUGAAACUUUUAAAACAGAUCCUUUAGACAUAGAGCAUGUCAAGUAUAUCGUUGAUAAAGUAGAGAAGAUACAGGAAGUAAAGAAAAAGGAGUCAUUUAAACCGUAUAAAACAACAAAGAGCAACGUUCAUGAUCCAAUGAGGGAAAAACAAAGAAAAUUGCAUAAAAAUUGGGAGGUCACAGCAGCUACACCACCUCUUAUAGUUCACGGAGCAGUUAAGGUUCUGAGUUUGAAAGAAACUUUAAAAUUACAGAAGGAACAAACUGAAAAAUUGCAGGAAAUUCAAGCGAAACAUGCAGUGGAACGCCUGACUAGUAAACUAGGACAUAGUAUUAGUCCUACACCGCAAAAUGUAGGCAAUUACCGUACACAAUAUACGAACGGUUUACUUUCUUCGUCUUCUGAUGAAGAAGAAGAACAUGAAGUGCAUGAUGAAGAAGAUAUUGAACAGAAGAUAAAGAAGUGGCACAGUUUUAUUUACCGUAAAUUAGAAGAAAGCUAACAGACUAUUAAAUUUUGUAAAUAUGCAUGAAAGAUUAAUUCUAAGAAU